UUAUUAGAUCCAAGACAGAAAUAAAUACAUUUCCAUGUAGUGACAAUAAUAAGUCAGUAUUAAAACUCCUCGUGCUGUCGAUUCUGAUUGAGUCAGCUCAUUGGUUUAACACUCCGGGGCUCAAUUGGUUAUCGGCGGGCGUUGUGCAACUACUCAUACGGUACCGGAAGAUACACAUUGGAUAGGAUUGAGUCGUGAUAGCGCGCAGAGAGUACACGCAUCAAAAUUUUUUCUCCCAAAAAUUUUAAAGGCAAAUUUUUUUUAUAAGAGAUUAAGGUCACACAGAAGCGUUUGGACUGUGGAUAAUAUUGUGUUGGAAGUGGAAAAGAAUAUGUAAUAAAAGAAAAUGAAGAAUACUAUAAAAAGAAGAGUGUCAACGGACUCUGGUCCAGUGUGUUGCAAAAAACUAUCAGUGUUGGCAUGUACCUGUGCCGUGAUUUCGUUACUCGUGCAAACUUAUAAUUAUGUCGAUAAUAGUGAAGUGAAUUUCGAUUUAGAAGCUAGGAAAUUAAUGAAGAAUGUUCUAGAAGAAAGAAUAGAAGAGAAAAUUGAGUCGUACCUGUUAGAGAUUAGUGGGAGUACCUCGCAUCGACUAAAAAGGGAAGCUAUGUUGAAGCAAUCUGUGAACCAAGAAGACAAUACGGUCACUCCUCAUGUGGAGUUCUUUAACCCUAAAAUGCGAGCAGAGUUAGAAGAGAAGGACGCUACGGAAAUGAGAAGGACUGGGGCAAAAGGACCAGCGCCAGGAGGUGACACCUGGGUCUGGCUCACUAGCUAUUCUAGGGUUCCAUACAAAGUAGUCCAAGGAUUUUGCAAAGCAACGCAAGACUACUGCCCGCCCGGUGUUCAGGGACCGAAAGGACCAACAGGCUCUCCUGGUCCGAAGGGUGAGAGAGGAGAUUCUGGUGCUCCGGGCACACCAGGGCAUGCAGGGGCUAGGGGACCAGUAGGACCUCCCGGACCUAAAGGUGAACGAGGAUUCCCUGGCAACCCAGGAUUAGAUGGCCGUGACGGUGUGCCAGGUGAACCGGGUCUCGAUGGAAUGUCGGGUCGUAACGGUGCUGAUGGAGCUCCAGGGAAAGAUGGACGAGACGGUAUACCGGGGAAGGAUGGCAGUCCAGGGAAAAAUGGCAAGGAUGGAAAAGACGGCAGGGCCGGAGUACCAGGUCCUCAAGGCAUUAGAGGACCAAAAGGUGAUAAAGGACCAAUUGGAGCAAAAGGACAAAGAGGCAAUGAUGGCCGUGAUGGUGCUCCUGGCAGACCUGGGCUUUCCAUUUACAACUACACACUGGAGAAGGAACUGUUUAUACCACCCACUUUUGCACAGGACCAAACACGCGUCAUAGUCCGGGAAGGCGACACUCUCCGUAUUACCUGCAAUCCCAUGGGGAGACCUGAACCGACCGUGGAAUGGAGGAGAUUUGACGGCACUGCAGUUAUUCAAGGCUCAUGGCGAGACGCGUCAGUCAGCGGCAACGUAGUGAACAUUCCUAAUGUGUCACGUUGGCACACUGGCAAGUACGUGUGUUUGGCCAACAAUGGGAUGCUGCCCUCUGCCAACCAGACCACAGACGUUGAAGUUCAUUUUAGUCCCUACAUCCGCGUGCCAAACAAUGUUGUCUACGUAACUAACAAAACUGUGAAGAUUGAAUGCGAGAUUCAAGCGUGGCCUGAACCAGUUCUUGCGUGGGAGAUAGACGGCAUCACAGUCGAGGGCAUGAGGUACAAGACCGAAGUGGCGCAGACCCGCGACCCGUGGCGGUGGAUCAUGAGGCUGGAGAUCCCGGGAGUCAGGGACCACGACCUGCGCCAAUACAGCUGCGUAGCCAAAAAUGAACUUAAUAACAAGACUGUUAAGGGACAUAUUAAGUUGAUGAAUCCUGGUCCACACCACCAGAUCCCGGUACAGCAGCCGGUGGAGUACGGCUCGCUGCCCCCCGCGCUGACGUCAUACGAGGAGUUAUGCGAGGUGCAGCGCUGUCCCACCUGUCCUCGCUGCGACCGCGCUCAGCUGCUCAUAUCCACCAUGAAUGGAACUGCCGGGAUGAAGCCUAGGAGGAAUACUAAUUGCCAGCUGUAUGCGAUAGGAAAGCCAGUCUACCAUCGGUAUAAGGACGAGAUGUUUGGAGCUUGGCUCAGAGACUCCAAUGGUUCUGAGGCUCAGCGUGAGAAGUUAUGGACAACGCAAGAGACGGAUGUGGAGCGCCUCAGAGAAUACCGGACGAAGGCAAGCUUCAAGGCUGACCAUGUUGACGAGUAUCACAAACUACAGAAGCCUUUCUUUGGCAACGGCCACAUCGUCUACUCCGGGUCGUUUUUCUACCAGGCGAAUGAGUCUGGUAACCCUGGUGACAUCAUCCGCUACGACCUCACUCAGAGCCGGAUCAAGUCCGUGCAGUUGCCUCAUGCCGACGGAAGACUGUAUACCGCACAGCACAACCAGGUAGACUUCAGUGCAGACGACAAUGGUCUCUGGGCGAUCUACUCAAUUGAGAGAUCAAAUAACACCGCUGUGGCUAAGCUCAGCUUCGAUCCAAGUAAAGAUGGUUUGAACAUAGACUACAUUUGGAACAUAUCUUUAAAUCACAAGCAAAUGGGAGAAAUGUUCAUAGUGUGUGGGGUGCUAUAUGCGUUGGACUCGGCGACCGAGCGAGAGAGCAAGGUCUCUGUGGCCAUAGACCUGUACCUCAACAAGCAGGUGGAGGUCGCUCUGCAGUUCACGAACCCCUUCCGGAAAACCACGCAGCUUGGAUAUGAUCAUAUGCAUAAGGAGCUGUAUUCUUCAGAUCGGGGCAAUCAGCUCACAUACCCUGUGAGAUAUAACGAACUGCCAUGACACAAUAUUCAUCUAAGACCAUAAGAAUAUCAACUAAACACAUAUUUAGUGAAAAUUAACAUCAAUGUAAAAUAUUUUUUAUACUUAUUUUUCAAGUACAUAUUCUUAAAUAAGA